GGACGGGCAGACGUGGGAGCGCAUGUGGGGGCACGUGGAGCGGGUGCACCCCGACGGCAGCGCCGUGGCGGCGGCCAUCCGCAGCGCCGCCCGCCUCGCCCGGCCUUCAGUGCCGCCAGUGCCAAACUACAGGCUCUCCAUGUCUAUCCCAGAAUGGCUUCAGGCGAUACAGACCUACAUGAAGAUGCUGCAAUACAAUCACACAGGAACUCAGUUCUUCGAGAUUAGAAAAACCAGGCCUCUAAGUGGGUUAAUGGAGACGGCAAGAGAGAUGACCAGGGAGUCCUUACCUAUCAAAUGCCUUGAAGCAGUUAUCCUGGGGAUAUACUUAACCAAUGGGCAGCCCUCCGUGGAACGAUUCCCCAUCAGCUUUAAAACCCACUUCUCAGGGAACUAUUUUCAUCAUGUGGUGCUUGGGAUUUACUGCAAUGGCCGGUAUGGGUCACUGGGCAUGAGCAGGCGAUCAGAUUUGAUGGACAAACCUUUAACUUACCGAACUCUGAGUGACCUCAUCUUUGAAUUUGAAGACUCUUACAAGAAGUAUUUACAUUCAGUGAAAAAAGUAAAAAUUGGAUUAUAUGUCCCGCAUGAGCCGCACAGCUUUCAGCCCAUUGAGUGGAAACAACUGGUCCUCAAUGUAUCCAAGAUGAUGCGCACAGAUGUCAGGAAGGAGCUGGAGAAAUUUGCUAGGGAUAUGCGAAUGAAGAUUCUGAAACCCUCAAGUGCCCAUUCUCCGGUCAAAGAGAGAUCACGGGGUAAGUCGCUGUCCCCUCGCCGAAGGCAGGCCAGCCCUCAGAGACGAGCGGGCAGAAGAGACAAAUCGCCUGCAGUAGUGGACAAGAAAGCAGAUCUGGCUACGCUCAACGAGGUGGGCUAUCAGCUCCGCAUCUAGCAAAGCCAUAAGCUGG